UGAUCACGUUAUCGUUUCCCAUCAACCCAUACUAAGUGCGAUACAACUUGAAACAUUUCAAUUUAUAAUAAAAAGAGGCUAAGAUAAUUGUUCACCUCUGUCUUUUAUUUAAUAGUUGGAUACUACCGAAGCCUCCAGGAGUAGAAUAUGUCAAAGUCUCCGAAUACAACUAGCGAGGACACGCCGUCGUGUCUACCUGCCACUGAGUCAACUACUGGUCAACAAUGUUCUAAUUGUGGCACAGUUAAAACUCCUCUUUGGCGUAGAUCUCCAAGUGGGACACUUAUAUGCAAUGCAUGUAGUCUCUACCUUCGUUCCAAUAGUACAUUUAGACCAGCCAACUUGAAACGACCUCCAAAUACAGUUUCAAUCAAGGAAGAUGAAGGUUCUUGUGCUGGUGAUGGUAAAUGUAAUGGAACAGGUGGAAGUGCCGCCUGUAAAGGAUGUCCAGCAUUCAACAAUAGAGUUGUGAUUAAGAAAUCAAAAAUCACACCAUCCGAACAAUCAGCUGAAGAUGAUUCUAAGCAAUCAGAUCCAUUGGCGAUUGCAUGUUACAAUUGUAAGACUACUAUAACACCACUUUGGAGAAGGGAUGAUGCAGGUAAUACAAUCUGUAAUGCCUGUGGAUUAUACUAUAGAUUACAUGGUUCCCACCGGCCUAUUCGUAUGAAGCGUAGUACUAUUAAAAGAAGAAAAAGAACUAUUCCACUGACUAAAAAGGAUGACAGUGUUGAUUACUCGUCAAACGAUGAGCUGAGACCAUUACAUGCAAGUGUUCCCCUGACUCCAUCUGUUGCAGCUUCAUCACCAACACCUCCACCUCCUCCACCACAUACAUUCUCACAUUACCCACCUUACAAUGGUGGGAGAAUACCGAAUGGGCCAGGUCCUGUUCCAGGGCCUCCUCCUCCAGGCAUAACUUACUCUCCAGUACCUCUUGGACGAUCACCAAACUUUGCAUUUCCAACCCAAUCAUACCAUAAUCCACCUCGUGUUCCACUUAACACUCAACAUCAACAACUAGCAUAUUACCCACAGCCACCGCCACCACCAUAUCCGGUUGUUCCUAAACCUAACCCUCCAGCGAUAAAAUUACCUCUGUUGAAUCUUCCAACAGUCGUUAAGAAGGAACAUUCCCCUAGUCUUCCACCUCCUAUGGCCGUCGAUUUCACCGCCAUGUAUCGCCUGCCUCUUACUAAUAAUAAUAAUAACUCUUCAAAGCAGGAUAUAAAACCGAAUCCAAGUAUUCAAAAAUUAGAUAAUGAAACAUCUCAUAAGAAGAUGUCCGUGGAUAGACUACUUAAUAACAAACAGAAUUAGAGCCUUUUAUUCUACGUUUUAUAUAGAUGUAUACAUGCUUUAUUUAAGACGAAUACAAAAGUGAAUCCA